AUUCACGUGGUUCUUGAACAAAAUGGCUGCAUCUUUCCUCAACAGGCUCGGAUUUUUGGGUUUGGGUAUCGCUUGUGUUGGUGGGGUUGUUAACACAGCCCUUUUCAACGUUGAAGGAGGCCACCGAGCUGUAUUAUUUGAUCGAUUUCAAGGAGUCAAACCUGAGGUAACUGGUGAAGGAACUCAUUUCCUCAUUCCUUGGGUGCAGAAACCAAUCAUAUUUGACAUCCGUAGUCGACCUAGAAAUGUUGCUGUGACAACAGGAAGUAAAGAUUUACAGAAUGUCAAUAUCACUCUGAGAAUUCUGUUUCGACCUCAGCCCCAUAUUUUGCCCAAGUUGUACAUGAACCUUGGAGAGGACUAUGAUGAGCGUGUUCUUCCUUCCAUCAUUAAUGAAGUGCUUAAGGCUGUGGUGGCCCAGUUUGAUGCUGGAGAGCUCAUAACACAGAGAGAAUUGGUUUCACAAAAAGUGCAGGAGUUACUGACAGAGCGUGCAACGAGCUUUGGACUUAUCUUAGAUGAUAUAUCUUUGACACAUUUGACUUUUGGCAGCGAAUUUACACAAGCUGUGGAAAUGAAACAAGUUGCUCAGCAAGAAGCAGAACGUGCCAGAUUUUUGGUGGAGAAGGCGGAGCAACACAAGCAAGCAACGGUGAUCAGGGCUGAAGGAGACGCUAAAGGAGCAGAGCUUCUCGCAGACGCCUUUAAAGAGGCUGGCGAAGGGCUUGUUGUGCUCAGGAAAAUGGAAGCCGCUGAAGAUAUUGCAGAUAAAUUAUCUCGUUCAAGAAAUGUUGCGUACCUUCCUCAUGGACAGAAUAUGCUGUUGAAUCUGCCUGUGGGUCGUCAGUAAGGAUAUGGUUAGAAAAAAUGAAUAGGCGGAAAACAAGACUGUAGUUAAGACUUCAACAAAUAAGAAAUUACAUUGUUCGGAUAAAGUGUGACUUGCCUUUGAGUUCGUAUUUCAGACUUUCAAGCUUUAAAAGGAGUGCCGCCAAAAAGCAGGAAAAAGGUACGAUGAAAUUCAACAGAUCCUAGCGUUCGUUUUCUUGGGUGAAAACUGGGGUGUUUACUUCCUAUCAGAGUGUUUCGCUAUCAGCUUUCACACUUGGAUUUCAAAGUUUUUUUGCGGGAUCGAGUCCACCCUUUAAAUUAUCUGUGAGCGAGGGUAAAAUGUGACAUUGCACAAUUUACAAUAAAUCUUCUGAUCAAAAAUAUACCCGCUUCUUUCAA